AUGAAAGUCUGUACACUGGUUUUGUCAUUCUUUUUCUCCCACGUGAGCACCGAGACACUUUAUGUAGCCCUCUAUAACGGAAAUAUUUCAACCCUAUCAUUGACAAACUACGCCGAUAUCACGACGUCAGCCAACAACUUGGCCAAAAAUGGCUACUUUGCUGGUUCAGCCCCAGAGACAAAAUAUGAGCUUACCCAAGUCUCUUCCACCAAGACCACGGCACAGAACCCGGCGUGGUUGACUCUGAACACACAAAACAAUGUUCUCUACCUCCUUGACGGAACUACAACUGGAAAUGGCACAAUAAGCUCCUACCGCGCGAGCCCGUCUGGAGUGACACUUUUGGAUUCGGUCGAGUGUCUCAUUGACGGCGCCCACGCUGGUUUCUACUUGAAUGGCAUCCGACUUGCCGUGGCGCAUUAUACCAGCAGUGCGCUCCAGACGUAUGAGGUCACCUCGAACGGCAACAUGACACCGUUGCAGAGGUUCACCUACACCAUGUCUGCGCCAGGCCCAGUGGCAAGUCGACAGAGUGCACCGCAUCCACACAUGGCAUUUGCCGAUCCGACGGGCCAAUACAUUAUUGUCAACGAUCUGGGCGCCGAUCUUGUCCGCGUGUACGCCGUCAAUCAGACAUCUGGAGAGCUCAGCGAGCGGGAAUCAUUGGUAGCGGCCCCAGGCUCGGGACCUCGACACGGAGUAUUCUCCCGGUCGCCAAUUUCUGUGGCCGGUGUUAACGGUACGACGCAGUACGUGUACUACCUUGAUGCUGAGAUUGCUGGUACAGUGACGGCUUAUGGCGUCAACUACCUGCCCGACCAAGGGGGGCUCCAAUUUGAUCUCAUCAAGGAGUACACUACUCUCGCCCCAGGUGUUGCCAUGCCACCCAUUGGCAAGGGCAUCUCGGGUGAGAUUGGACUCAGUCGUGAUGGUGACUUUCUAGUCAUUAGCAAUCGCCGCGACGCAUCCUUCAACGGCACCAUCCAGCAGUACCCGCCCAACGGAACUUCGGAUUCAAUUAAUACAUACAGAGUCCGGCAGGAUCUUGGUGGCGUGCUGGACUUUGUGCAAACUGUUCCUGCGGGAGGUGCGACCCCUAGGACCUACGCAAUGAAUGCCGCGGAAAAUUUGGUGGCUGUCGCUUUGGAAUUUAGUGACAAAAUCACGAUUCUUAAGCGUGACAGAAAUACCGGUAUGAUUCUGGAACAGGUUGCGGAGAUUAACGUUAGUGGCGAUCCUUGGGCUAUCCUCUGGGAUGAGUGA